UGUCCUCUCUGAGUCCUGGUCUCACUCUGGAACAGGAAAUCCCAGAGACUCCACAGAUUAAAGAGGAGCCAGAAGAACAGCACGUCAAACAGGAGGAAGAGGAGCUGCAAGUGUCUGUCCCUGAGUCCAAUGAUGGCUGUGUGAAGACAGAAGAGUCCUCACUGCUUCAACAAAAAGAAACUGAUCACAAAGAGGACAUCAACUCAGAGAUACAUGUCCACAGAGAGGACACACAGGGAGAGGACAUCAGCUCAGAGACAGAUGUCCGCAGAGAGGACUCACAGGGAGAGGACAUAAGCUCAGAGACACAUGUCCACAGAGAGGACUCACAGGGAGAGGACAUCAGCUCAGAGACACAUGUCCACCCCGAGACUGAGGGAGACACGGAGCACUCUUCUGACACUGACAGCUGCUCUUCAGCUGCACAGAUGGAGACAGAGGCAGAUGGAGACCACUACAACCAAGUCCAGAUCAGAGCCAAAAGCACCACUGCACCAAACUCAAGUCUAUCCCCCAACCCCAAGUCUGCACCAGAGACCAGAGCCACUGUGGACAAUGGGGACAUCUCAGGAACAGCGGAAGGAACCGCAGGGAAGAAACACCAGUGCUUAGUUUGUAAAAAGAGAUUUGGCCAAAGUAGCGAUUUAAAAAGACACUUUAGAAUUCACACAGGAGACAAGCCUUACAGCUGUUCUCUCUGUGAGAAAGCAUUUACUCAUAAGUGUUAUCUCACAAGCCACAUGAGAAUACACACAGGAGAGAAACCUUACAGCUGUUCUCUCUGUGAGAAAGCAUUUACUCUAAAGCAUCAUCUCACAAAACACAUAAGAAUACACACAGGCGACAAACCUUACAGGUGUUCUGUCUGUGAGUACACGUUUAUUCAAAAGAGUAAUCUCACAAAACACAUGAGAACACACACAGGCGACAAACCUUACAGCUGUUCUCUCUGUGAGAAAGCAUUUACUCAUAAGUGUUAUCUCACAAGCCACAUGAAAAUACACACAGGAGAGAAACCUUACAGCUGUUCUCUCUGUGAGAAAGCAUUUAUUGAUAAGAGUUCCCUCACAAAACACAUGAGAACACACACAGGAGACAAACCUUACAGCUGUUGUGUCUGUGAGAAAGCAUUUAUUGAAAAGAGUACUCUCAAAAAACACAUGAGAACACACACAGGCGACAAACCUUACAGGUGUUCUGUCUGUGAGUACACGUUUAUUCAAAAGAGUAAUCUCACAAAACACAUGAGAACACACACAGGCGACAAACCUUACAGUUGUUCUCUCUGUGAGAAAGCAUUUACUCAUAAGUGUUAUCUCACAAGCCACAUGAGAAUACACACAGGAGAGAAACCUUACAGUUGUUGUGUCUGUGAGAAAGCAUUUAUUGAAAAGGGUACUCUCAAAAAACACAUGAGAACACACACACAGGAGACAAACCUUACAGCUGUUGUGCCUGUGAGAACGCAUUUAUUGAAAAGGGUACUCUCAAAAAACACAUGAGAACACACACAGGAGACAAGUCUUACAGCUGUUCUGUCAGUGAGAACACGUUUAUUCAAAAGAGUACUCUCAUAUGCCACAUGGGAACACACACAGGAGAGAAACCUUACAGAUGUUCUCUCUGUGAGAAAGCAUUUACUCUAAAGCGUUAUCUCACAAAACACAUAAAAAAACACACAAGAGACAAACCUUAGAGCUGCUCUGUCUGUAAUAAACGAUU